GACGGCGGUUUAUAUUCCUCAACCGAACCAAAUACACAAACCAAAUCCAUUGUGCCCUAAUAUCUCAAAUCGGAACCUCACUCUCCACCGCCCCAACCCUUAAUUCCGAUCAACGGUGUGCCCCUCGUUGCUCUCACGUCGGUUAGCAGUAAUUCUGUUUUAUUGACAAAGGACUAGAAAUGGAUGAUUGGGAGGAUGAGCACAUUGCUCCCCUUGAUCUUACAUCAAAAGAUCAAUCCAAAAAUAAAUGGGAUGAUGAAGAUGUUGAUGAAAAUGAUGUGAAGGAAUCAUGGGAGGAUGAAGAUGAGCCUGCUCCGGCACCUGCAGCACCUGCUGUAAAAACUACUGAAAAGGCUCCCAAAAAAUCUUCUGACAAAGCUACUGAAGUGAAGGGAAAGAAAGUAGAACCAGUAAAGGAAGAACCAUUGGACCCUAUAGCUGAAAAACUUCGCCAACAAAGAUUAGUUGAGGAAGCAGAUUAUAAGUCCACUAAGGAAUUGUUUGGUGGUGGACGAGAUGACAAGAACCUUGAUACUUUUAUACCGAAAUCUGAAACUGACUUCUUAGAGUAUGCAGAGCUCAUUUCACAUAGGCUUCGUCCUUUUGAGAAAAGUUAUCAUUAUAUUGGUUUACUGAAGGCAGUAAUGAGACUUUCGAUGACUUCUCUAAAAGGAGCAGAUGCAAAAGAUAUUGCAUCUUCAAUAACUGCCAUUGCAAACGAGAAGAUCAAGGCAGAGAAAGAAGCCAAUGCUGGUAAAAAGAAGACAGGUGGCAAGAAAAAGCAACUUAAUGUUGAUAAACCUGAUGAAGAUUUUAUUACGGAUCGAUAUGAUGCUCUGGAUGAUUAUGAUUUCAUGUGAAAAAUUUUGGUUCUGUUCCAUUCAGAUUCAGUUUACGGGAAUCAACUGUUUUCAACAUUGGAAGUUGGGACAAGACCCUUCGGCAUGCCCUUUGUCAAAAAUUUAACGAGUGCUGUCCCGUAUUUUGUUGAAUAAGAGUGUGCAUUAGUGUCUUGUUUUCUCAUUGUCAAUUUUGUCACCACCAUUAUAUACUUCGACGUUAGUUUUUCACCAUAUAAUUUAUAUAACUUGAAAAGUUUGAAGAUGAACGUAGCAACAUUACCUUUAUCUUGGGUACAUCUAUGUUCUUGGAUUGUAAGGAUAGAACUCGCCUUUUUUCUUGUUAAGGGAACAUGUCAGUCUUUUUUGUUAAUGUUGGACGUUGACGGCAUCAUAAGGAACCAAACAUAGUCUUUUUGU